ACUCUACUCUAGCUCACUGUACACCCCUCCCCUUGCUUCGUAGUGUUAGUGUCCCCGAUUCCACACCACCUUGCAAAUCAAUGGCCUGCCACACCGUCCUCCUCCCACUUCUUCUCUUCCUCCCUUUCCUCUUGGCAAUGGCAGCAACGGCAGCGGCGGACACCGCCCCUACUCCUAGCCCAAGCCCACCACCACCGGAGCUCAACCUGACGAGCAUCCUGGAAAACGGCGGGCAGUACACGACGCUGCUCCGCCUGCUGAAUGCCACCCGGAUAACCGAGCAGAUCACCAGCCAGCUCAAGAACUCGUACGACGGGCUCACCUUCUUCGCGCCCAACGACAACGCCUUCACCAAGCUCAAGCCCGGCACGCUCAACUCCCUCACCGACCAGGAGCAGAUCCAGCUGCUGCUCUACCACGUCCUGCCCCGCUACUACAGCCUGGCCACGUUCCAGACGGCCAGCAACCCGCUGCACACCGAGGCGUCGGGCCCCGGCGGCAUGUACAGCGUCAACGUGAGCACCAGCACGACGAGCCCGCUGGUGAACGUCUCCACGGGCGUCGUCGACGUGCCCAUCAGCAGCACGCUGUUCGCCCAUUUCCCGUUCGCCGUGUACUCCGUCGACGACGUGCUGCAGCCCCCGCAGAUGUUCGGCGGUUCCCACAAGCAGGCUUCUGCGCCGGCGCCGGCAGGACAGGCGGCGGCGGGGCGGCAGAAGGGUGGUGUCCCUAAGAGCGAUGUGGCAGCGGAGCCAUCGGAAGCGGUGGAAGAGCAGCCAGACGGCAGCACGAACGCCGCCGCGGCUGGUGGUAGAGGGACCGCGGUGUGGAUGACGACGGCCAUUGUUUUGGGUGGCAUGGCCUUUCUCAAUUUACGACUUAGCGCGUGAGCAUGCAAUUGUUUUGGACCUUGUUUGGCAUCUCAGAUUUCUCUUGUGGUUUUUCCUACGACACGGUUAUACUAAUUAAUAAUGUAAUCCUGCAUUUAUGAUGAUGAUGAUACGAUGAUUCACUUGUGUACUUUUGAUCACAAAAACCAUUACUGGAUA